GUACUACAAGAGAAAAAAAAGAAAAAGUUGAUCCUUAAUAUUAGUAAUAUAUGAUUUUAAAAUAUGUUGAUAAUCCUACUUUUUCAUACAUAAAACAGAUUGCAUCACUUGGGGCUUUUCUGUACAUUUUGAUGGGCUUCAUUAUGUUAUUUUUAUGCAUGUAUAUAAUGUUCUUUGAUCAUAUUCACCCCCUAUUACCCUCUUGUGCAUCACUUAUUAAUUAGGAAAAUGUGUUUAAGAAUGUUAAUAAGGAAUGGUUUAGCAUACACAAACUGAAUUUCACAAUUUCUUUCUGAGAGGUGAGGGUGCAGUUCAGACGCAGAACCAGGAAAAAAAGUCUCUUCCUCAUAUACUACACUCAAAGUUUCGUAAGACUUAAUUGUGAGAGCCGGUGCCAGUGGCUCAUGCCUGUAAUCCUAGCUACUCAGGAGGUAGACAGCAGUAGGAUCACGAUUCGAAAUCAGCUGGGCAAAUAUUUUGAAAAAUACUCAAAUCAAAAGAGGGCUGGCAGAGUGGCUCAAGUGGCAGAGCAUCUGACUAGCAAGUGUGAGACCUUGAGUUCAAGCCCCAGUACUGCCAAAACAAACAAGUAAAAAAACAAACAACAAAAACAAAAAGAUGAGAACCUCUGAAUAAGUCAAUACAGUUAAUCUGGUUAUAGUUCAAAUUACCUCCUCCUUACUGACUUGAGAUUGUGCUCUGAUAUUUUGCAUUUUUUUUUUUUUUGGGUGAACUCUGAGCUUUACAAGUACUCAUCACUUAAGCCACACUUCCAGCCCCUUAUUUUCCUUUUUGAGGAUAAAGUUCACAGCAAAGUCUUCUGUGGCCCUAGCUCCACCUUACUUUCAGUUAAGCUUUAAACUGCUGCAGUAUGGUAACCACUGGUAGCUCCUCUGCACUGUUUCCAAAACUUGAAAUCACACCCUUGCUCUUAAGACCCUGUUGCCCAAAUUCCUAAUUUCCUCAUCUUCGCCACUCCCUAUAGGCAUGACUUCCUCAGGAAAGUGUAUGGUGGGUAGCACCGUUUGUACUUACUCCUCUCCUAGCACUGGGCACUGUACUGUACUUGUCUCCUUACAGGGUUAUCCUUCUCACAAAGCUGAGUCUUUUGAGGACAAAAAUUUGCCAUGACUUACACACUUGAACAUCCAUGAGUUCUACAAUACCAGACAGGUUGUGAAACGCAAUAAAGGUUACUUGAACUAAACUGAAGGCUGGACAGUUGCUGGAUGAGUCAGAAAAGGGAGUUUCCAAGUCUGAAAUCUUGGUAGUGAGGACCUCCAGGGGCUGACCUGAGAGUUCGGGGUUGGGCCACGCAUCAGAGGUGAGCCAGGGGGUGGCAAUGACGUCACAGAACCAUCAAGUCCAGAGGGUCGCAGGUCCACUGCGUCUGGCCUUGGGGUGAGGGCAGGGGCAGGCAGGCCCCGCUUUUGCGCUGUGUUCCCGCAGGAACUAGCAGGGAGAUAAAGAAGUGCUUAGCAAGCGAGGAUCCAAAAGCCCACAGUCACCCCGACGGUCACAGGGCACGGGGCCGAUCGCCUUUUCACAGCAUCACUGCCCUGCACUUGCCCUUGAGUUCAUUGCCCUGUCUCCGGGAAGUCCAAGUCCAGCCACGGCUCUAAGGACGUCAUGUGACUAGGGGAGGGGCCUGCCGGACGCCUUCUGAGCCACCCGCUUCAAGUUCAAAACCGGAGGAACUUAUCUCGGGCCGUCCAACACCGCGUCUUAAGGCCCGACGCCCUCCGCAGCCUCCCAGAAGGCCAUCGCUCCUACAACCGGAAGGGGCGGGCCAACGCCCGGCUGGGGGCAUCCGCCGCCAUGGCCACUAGUGGGGUGGUGGGCAUCUUCUUGCUCUCUGCACUCCCACUUUUGUAUCUGGAGCUCCGGCGUGGGAUCCCUGACCUAGAAGAAGAAGAGGAGGAGAAUCAGAAAAGACAAAGACUUGUGAGAAAAAAACAACAAGAGGCACAGGGUAAAAAGGCCAGCAGAUACAUAGAAAAUGUUUUAAAGCCUCAGCAAGAAAUGAAAUUGAAAAAAAAGGAAGAACGCUUUUAUCAAAUGACUGGUGAAACCUGGAAGUUAACCAGUGGUCACAAGCUUGGGGGUACUGAAGAUUUGGUGCUUGAAAAUUCAAGUCAGACAUCUUUUGAAACAUCAAGCAGAGAAGCUGCAAAGAGAAGGAACUUGCCUAAACUUUUAGCCCAGGUUUCACCACCUGCUGAUCAGCCCUUGCAGGAGGAGGUUCCUGAUUUACCUGAAGAACCCUCUGAAACGGUUGAAGAAGCAGUUACUAUUGCCCUCCGAUGUCCAAGCGGGAGUGUCCUGAGGAGAAGGUUUUUGAAGUCUUGCAGUUCACAGGUCUUGUUUGACUGGAUGAUGAGAAUUGGGUACUGCACAUCCCUGUACGGCCUUUUCACUUCCUUUCCCAGAAGGCCUGUGAAGGUGGAGGGAGGAUGCUCACUGGCGGAUGUAGGCAUAACUGUAGAUACUGCUCUUAUUGUGGAAGAGAAAGAACAGAGCAGCUCGUAAAGAGAUGAGAACUGCCUGCUCUUCAUAAAGUCAGUUUUGCCGUGACUUUGCAGGACAGUGACAGCUUCACAUUGAAAAUCAUGCGGAUCCUUGGUGGAGGUCAAGGCAGUAGAUACUUUAAUGUGAUCUAUGGGAAGAUAGCCACAUAACAUUUGGAAAAGGUUGCUCUGUGCACAUAAUUGUUGGUAGGGAAGACUGUGGCCUAGGGAGAAAAUGGAGCCCCAUUUUAACCAACAGCUGGGUGUGGUGGGACUAUAUCAUAGCUGUGUUUUGUCUCCCACAUAGGUCAUUCUUUAAGUGCAAGGGCUCUGUCCUUUUUCUCUCCAGAAGUACCUAUUGUAUAGUAAAUAAUAGUAAUAAUUGUUCAAAAAUAACAACAUUUAGCUUUUUGUCUCUGGAUUAUCCCACAUCAAAGAAAGCGAAAAAUUUUUUCUUGAUAAUAAAUUGAUUGUGAAGUGCUUCCAAACUUUACAAAGUUAUAAAAACAAGCCGGGUGCCAGUGGCUCAUGCCUGUAAUCCUAGCUGCUCAGGAGUCAGAGAUCAGGAGGAUCGCUGUUUGAUGCUAUAUGGGGCAAACACUUUGUGAGACCCUAUCUCAAAAAUAUCCAACACAAAAUGGGUUGGUAGAGUGACUUUUCUGCCUACGAAGCAUGAAGCCCUGAGUUCAAACCCCAGCAUCUUAAAAAAAAAAAAAAAAAAGUCACCCAUAUCCUUGUUCCCAGAAAUAAGGUUGACAGCAUCGGACCAUGGCUCUGGUCAAGAGCUCGAGUGUGGCUUCCUGAGAAUCCCCAGCCAGAACCUCACCGCUAAGGUUGCUCCCAGACUCUGAGUCUUAUUUCUGUGACAUUACCAGUAAUGUUGAGGCAGCUGUGUUGGGUUCAUUUGAAUGGAACAGUGUGUAUCAUGGGGAUUUCGGUACCUGUAAGUCAGCUGGUGCCAUAACGAGAACCUGACAAUGUGAGUGACUUUGGAGCCAAGCACUGGAGUUGGUCUCUGGAACUGGAUAAAAGUGUUACAGUUGGACAGAGCUGCAGGUGAGGACCUACUGGCAGAUAAAGAAAACAACAUUGGGCACUGUCACGCUGUCAUACUGUCACACAGCGGCAGAAAUCCCAGCCACACUGAAUUACCUGGGAAGGAAGAUAGAGUCAAGUGGUAAUACCAUUUCCAGCUAUAGCAUCAGUUUUACCUUGUUGCUUCUUGCUGAGAUAAACUAAAGAAGUGGGAUAAAAAUGAGAUCCGCCAAAGAUAGGUUUAACAAAACACAGGGCGCUAUGUAUUCACUGGGCUGAGUACAGCUGAGUGGUCAGAGGAUUUGCCUACCAUGGUGCAGGGUCCUGGGUUCAAUCUCCAGUACUGGGGGAGGGGAAAGGGGGAAUAAAGGAACCAGGGCUCUCUGGAAACUUUUUUUUUUUUUUUCCCCCAAGUCUGGGGAUCAAACCCAGGGUCUUGGACAUGCUAGGCAAGUGUCUGUCUGUGAACUACAUCCCUAGCCAAAUGAGGGCUCUCAGGUUUAGAAGAUAACCAGCCUCUCCAGAUGACAAAUAAUGCUAACUAAUAUUAAGACAGCUUCAGAGCAAAGAUCAAAUCUUGUGCAUUCUUAGGUAAAGAUAUAACUCAAAUCCUUCAAUAUCUAAGAAAGUCUAAAGGUUGGUGCCUCUGAAUAAGAUUCAUAGAAGGCCCCAUGUGGUGAUGCAUGCCUGUACUCUCAGCUACGCAGGAGGUGGAAAUAGGAAAAUCACAACUUUGAGGCCAGCCUGGGUAAAGUUAGUGAGACCCUCUCUCAGAAACAAAAAUACAAACCAAGGGCCUGGCACCUCUGCUCCGGAGGUAUAGUGCUUGCUUAGCAUGCACAAGACCUUGGGUUCAAUCCUUGUGACUGCAAAAGAAAAGAAAAAAGAAUCACGGAAGACUGAAAAGUUUGAAAAUUUUCAUCAACAGUAACUAAAAGAGAUAAAGUAAAAAGUGAAAGGCUUUUGGAUUCCCAAAAUUCUACUGGCAAGGUGAGAAAAAUGCUCUGCUAUAAAGCUCUGCUGUCUUUCAUGUAAUAAAACAAUGACUUUAAAGGUGAAAAACAACAAUCUGGAGCCAAGGGAAGUCAUUUCCUGGCAGGAAGAGGGCUGAGACCUCCCAAGGCUUGCCCAACUGGAUUUCACAACUGCUUAUGGACCAGUGACUUCCAUUUGCAGCCUUUUGAACAGGAGUGUCUGGGAAUCAUGUUGUCUGUCUCACCAUGGCAUGGGGGGAAUGGGGAGGGGUAUAAUUUUAGUUUGCAGGCCUGCAGUCAGUAGCUGUGUUUCAGAGGUGUGCCUAAGAGCUGCACUGGAGAACUCACAUGUGCACCUGGACCUAAUGUAAACAAGAUCCUCAACUCUGAGCUGAAGGUGUAUUGGGAUGAGAUUCCGGGAACACACAUCUCUUCAUUCAGGAAUCACUGGUGGCUGGAGGGCAGAGCCAGCCUCCAAGAGAGCCCUGUGAGCCCUCUUCUGACCUUCCCAUGGUGAAUGAGCCAGCGAGGAAUUAACCAGAAGUGAUGAUAUGCUAGCUUUGGUUCUCUGUGUCCUCUCUUGCUCUGGUGAGGUGUUGUUAGCAGCCCAGUGGAAGGAAUCCUUUGCCAAGGAACUGAAGCUUUCCAAGUUAGCUUGGAGUGAAUCCUCCAGGCCCAGCCACGGCGGCCUGGCUGAUAUCCCACGACCUUGAGUCCGAGGAAGCCAGCUGAGCAGCUUCUGGAUUUCUGAGUCACAGAAACUGGGACGAAAGCAUUGUCUUAAGCUAUUUUGUUCAGGGAACUGUUAUGUGACAGUAGAUAACCAGUAUAGGAAGUAUUCAGGGUAUUUUCUCUGAAGAGGAAGAUAACCUUAAAACAGGGUUGUAAAACAUGGUAAACUGUCAAUUAAAGGCUGUAACCUCAAACAGAGCUGUAAAACAUGAGGAAUUGCCCAUUAGAGCCAUGCAAAAGUUCAGGAUCCAGGUGAAGGGCACCAUGCAGAGAUAAGCACCCAUUCCUGCA